UUUGGCUGUUGAGUGAGGGAAACAAGCCCAAGCCGCACUUUGCCCAACAUGGGCGCGUCACAUUCGGUGGCCAACUCGUGCCAGAGGAAAUGUUGCCAAAAUGCGGACGACAACGACGAUGUGGAUGCAUCCAUUUCAACCAUGGAGGACUCGCACCAUGUUUCUGGGUGGUUGCUAGCUGAAGUUGUGCCAGGCAAGCCAACGUGUGGCAAGCAGCCCGAGCAUCAAGCCAGCGAGGCCACCAAAGAGUGCUGCGCCGGCUGGGGCUACUCCGCUAAGUCAGGACGAUUUGCGAAAGUUGCAGGAUGCAUACAUGGAGGAGCGCGCUCGUCACAUGAGGUUGCACCAGAAGCGCCAGAUGGAGCUGCAGCAGCAGCGAAAGUUUCAGUUGCAGCUCAGGACUUCUUUGGGGCCAGCCAGCGCCGACAUUCCAAUGCUCAUGCACAGGUCGCAAUCACCUGGAGAUGCGCACGACUUGCGGGUCCAAAGCUCGGCUCUGGGCAACCGUGCUUCCGGAGGUCCUGAGCCGCAGCUUACUUUGACCCAUGUCCCCAUCGUCAUGUUUGAUGAUGAUUGAAUGAGUGAGAGGUAUGUCUCUCCCGGCCUGGCGCAUGCAUUAGCUGCUAUUGCGCCAUCUUCCAAAUUUGUAGUUUGUUCAAUUAUGCAUCGCAUUUUUUGCGAUUGUUUCACAAACGUAGCAUUUGACGGCCAGUCACAUCUGAAUCUCUGGCUGAAACUCUUCAUCCCAUCAGCAUCACAUUGCGAAAUUUGGAUUCGUUCCUUUAGAGUCCACUGAUGCUUGCCUGCGGCUUAGAAUCCCUUGGAAGGAGUGGUGUUAACAGUUCUGUACUCGAA